UUUUAAUCUUAUGAGUUUGAUACAAAUUAUAAAAUUCAAAAGGAUGUUUAAAUAUAAAACAAAACGUGUGCUCCCCUUAAACCAUAAAACCUUUAAAAACAUAUUGCUAUCCAAAAAAAUCAAUUAUCCUUUUUACAAUAUUAGCUUUAAUAUUAGCAAAAUGCAUGUAAUCUAUACAUUACAUAAGAUAACUAAUUUUGUAAAUAUUAAUAAUAUGCUACAUGUUUAUCGUUGUGACUGAAACAAAUCAAUAUAAAAUGCGAAUUGGGUUAUAUCACAUGUAUGGUAUCACGGACCUUUAUUAAAUUAGCAAUAAGAAGAUUACAAACCAGCUUUGCACCGACAACCCGAUCAGUUUUAAGUCAAGUGCGUUAGAACCGCUUUCAACUUUUUCCAAAAAAAUGCCUCCAAAGGGUGACCCAGAGACAGAAGCCCUAAGAAAGGAGCUCGAGAGCAUCUACCAGAAACUAAAGGAGGCCCAAGAGAAGCAGGCCGACGUGACGCUGGAAUCGGCCUGCGGCGACGUUGCCGAUGCCCCGCGGGUAAAAUUGUCGACGAAAAAGAUGAUGAAAGGGCAUUUGAACAAGGUGAACUCCGUUCACUACAGCGGCGACGGCAGACACUGCGUCACCGGGUCUCUGGACGGAAAGCUGAUCAUAUGGGACACGUACACCGGAAAUAAGAUGCAAGUCAUACCGCUGAGGUCGGCCUGGGUGAUGACCGUUGCCUUUUCUGAAUCGGGCAAUUUAGUCGCUUGCGGUGGCAUGGACAACAUGUGUACUGUGUACGAUUUGAAUAACAGAGACGCAUCAGGGGUGGCCAAAAUGGUUAGAGAGUUGGCUGGUUACGACGGUUUUUUGAGUUCUUGUCGGUUUUUGGACGACACCACUCUCAUAACGGGGUCUGGAGAUAUGAAAAUUUGUCAAUGGGACUUGGAAACAGGGCGAAAAACUACAGAUUUCAACGCUCACUUGGGCGAUGUAGUUUCUAUAAGUUUGUCCCCAGAUAAAAACACGUAUGUGACAGGUAGCGUUGACAAAAGUUGUAGACUAUGGGAUAUAAGAGAACAAAAACCAAAGCAGACAUUUUUUGGACACGAGGCGGAUGUCAAUUCGGUCUGUUUCCAUCCAAGUGGCUACGCCUUUGCUACCGGAUCAGAGGAUAAAUCAGCUAGAAUGUUCGACAUAAGAAGCGAUCAGCAGUUGGCUUUGUACAAACCUCCAACUCCAAACAGUGGAUUCACUUCUUGCGGACUAUCCAUGAGCGGAAGAAUUCUUCUCUGUGGCUCUGACGACAACAAUAUUCACAUGUGGGACACCUUGAAGAACCAACACAAUGGUACCCUUAAUGGGCAUGAAAAUCGCGUAACGUCCAUUUCAGUGGCUCCAAAUGGUCUUGCUGUUGCCUCUUGUAGCUGGGACCAACAUGUCAGAGUAUGGGGAUAAAUAAUUAAAGAAUAAUUCCUUAUUUGGACUUAAAAGAAAUUGUUUUUUUUUCACAAUUUUGAUGAUUCUCAUUUUUAUUGUUUUUUCCAAACUUAACUCGCUUAUUAAUGGGCAUGUCACAAUAAAUAAGGCAAUUUUUUGUAGAAAAUUUGACGAUCUACAAAAAAGGUCCUUUAGGUUUUUUUCUGACAAAGUCAAACAAAUGCGCAUGCCCGAGAAUUGAGGUAAAAGAGCACUUCGUUUUAUUUUUUCACCACUAGUGUCGCUGUUGUACUGAACCUUUACAUCUCUGCUUAUCUGUUUCGGUACAAAGAGAACUCCUUAUUUUGGGAAGCCAUUUGUUUGGAGUUCUUGCUUAUAGUGUACGCUCCAUGAUAGGAGUUUAGGAUAUAUGCUUUUUUUAAAAAAAAACCUUUAUUGUCAAAUUUUGAAGGCCUACCAAUUGCUAACAAAAAGUCCAAAUAAAAAACGAACUUAGUUACUAUUUUUGUGUUACUUACUUCGGUAAAUGUUACUAUAAGUAUUAUGGAUGUUUAGUAUAGUUUAUAAGGCAUUUUUAAGAUAUUUAAUAAAAUAAUUUAAACAAAAAUGCGUACUUUAUUAUUAAAUUUAAAAAAUGAUGACAUAUUUCA